AAUUUAUUUUCUUCUUCCGUCGCCGAACCCGUGCCCGACUCUAUUCUCUUCUCCUCUUCGUUUUCCCGAUCUCCUCUUCUUCCAUCUCCUCUUCUUCCCCUUCCUCUCCGAUCGACGCCGACCAAGCUUCUGCUUCCCCAUCUCUUCCUGUCUUCCGCCCGAGCAGCGCCGAGCUUUCAUCUUCCCCGAUCUUCGCUCGAAAACCCAAACGCCGAAGCCACUUCCUCUUCCCUCUCGCGCCGCUGCCUCCCUCACCCUCUCGCGACAUCGCCGGCCAUCUUCUUCUUCUUCCCCAACCCGAAGUCUCCUCCUCUCCUUAGAUUCCGAUCACGCCAUCUCCUCCUUGCGCCGAUUGACAUCCGCGCUGCGCUACCCUUCGCCGGAGCAGUGGCAUUGCCGUUCUUGCUGUGCCCUAGCCGCAGUCGCCGUGCCCUAGUUUUCCCCUUUCAUCUGCCGACCACCGAUCCAGAUGUCACAGAUGCUGGUGAUACCCCUCUCGCUCUGACCUAAGCCAGACCAGGCCGCAACCAGCGCCACGGCGACCACGAUCUACCACCUAUCUGAUUAGUCGAAUGCUGCUGUUGAGGUGUGUGUUCUUGCUGUCAACAACAGCCUUGAUCUCCUGACUUCUCAUCCCCAGCCAGCGACAGCAUCGUCGGCCAAUUCUUCCGUUCAGACAUCAUGCCCCUCAUUUGUUCCGGCCAGCAACUUGGGGUUAUUUGAGGGUGCUGACUUAGGGCUAUCUGGUUUGCUGAACAGUAGCUUUACCUAGCUGCGGCGACCGUCUUACGGCUGUGGACUCCUCCGAUCGAGAGCCCUAUUAGCUACCACGGAUUUGGACUUUGAUUCGAGACGGGCGUCUCGACGUUCGGAGACGGUCUCCACUUUUUGAGAAGGAUUGUCUUGGUUCAUUGAUCUAGAAGUUGAAGCCCAUGGCGAAACGUGGAACUCCUGGUUGUUGCAGCUCCUUUCCUAGAAGGUCAACAGAGACUAUGAGGCUUAUUGUUUCAGCCAUCAUUGGAGUUUCUGUAGGAUACUUAGUAGGCAUUUCGUUUCCCACAGUUAACAUAACCAAGCUUACCUUCCCUUCCAAUAUUAUAUCCUUCAUUGAAGACAGAAAUUCAGGCCUGGCAACUCAAGCUCUAUUAAACCAUGCUUGGAAUUCAGCUAACAAUCAAAAUAGAAAGAAUUCUACAUCAAACACAACCAAUACCUUGAAGAUUUAUGUUCCUUCAAAUCCGAGAGGUGCAGAAAGAUUACCACCUAAGAUUUUGAUGCCGGAAUCAGAUUUGUAUUUGCGCAGAUUGUGGGGCAAUCCAGAAGAGGAUCUUAUCAUGCAGCCGAAAUAUCUCGUGACAUUCACAGUUGGGUAUGAUCAGAAGAAGAAUAUUGAUGCUGCAGUUAAGAAAUUUUCUGAAAAUUUCCAAAUAAUACUAUUCCAUUAUGAUGGCCGGACAACUGAAUGGGAUGAAUUUGAGUGGUCAAAACGGGCUAUUCAUGUGAGUACAAGGAAGCAAACUAAAUGGUGGUAUGCCAAGCGGUUUUUGCAUCCUGACAUUGUGGCACCAUAUGAGUACAUAUUCAUAUGGGAUGAAGACCUAGGGGUGGAGCAUUUUAAUGCUGAAGAGUAUAUUAAAUUAGUAAAGAAGCAUGGACUGGAGAUAUCACAACCUGGUUUAGAACCAAAUAAUGGGUUAACAUGGCAAAUGACAAAAAGGAGAGGAGACCAAGAAGUUCACAAAGAUACAGAGGAAAGACCUGGUUGGUGUGCUGACCCCCAUUUACCCCCAUGCGCAGCUUUUGUCGAGAUUAUGGCAACUGUAUUCUCUAGGGAUGCAUGGCGUUGUGUAUGGCACCUGAUUCAGAAUGACUUGGUCCAUGGAUGGGGUCUUGAUUUUGCCCUCAGAAAAUGUGUAGAUCCUGCCCAUGAGAAAAUCGGCGUUGUAGAUGCACAAUGGAUUGCUCAUCAGGUGGUUCCUUCACUAGGGAACCAGGGCGAAGCUGAGAACGGUAAAGCACCAUGGGUAGGGGUCAGAGAAAGGUGUAGAAAAGAGUGGCAAAUAUUUCAAACACGUUUAUCAGAAGCUGAGAAGAGAUACUAUCUUUCGAAAGGGAUCACUCCCCCUAACUCAACCAUUGUUUAGAGAUUCGCUGAUACAAUUACUUUCGCAAUGAUAGUUGAGUUCAGAUCAUCAUAAAAUAUUGGAGUACAUAGAGGUAAUGGGCAUCAUCUGGAAAUCAAAAAAUACAACAAUAGAACGGAAGGGUCGACGAGGAAGAGGAGAGUAUGAGAGAGAGGAAAAAUAAUUUAUGCCAUUGUAUUCCGCACCUUUUAUUAUAUAAUGUCUAUUACUAAAAAGAGUAAAAUUUGGUCAUACUAAAAA